CUCUCUGUCUCUCUCUCUCCUUCCCUUGGCUUCCCUCCCCUCCCAAUAUCUUAGUUUUUCAGCAGAAAGGAAAGUGAAACUGGACAUUCUUUCUGUGAAACAGACAGGAAAUGUGGGGGUUUAACCACCUUUCUUGCAGCAGAGCGCUAAACAAGAUGGCUAAAAUUUGCUCAGUUGUGGCCUGAUUCUGGGACACUUGUCUGUUAUGUGUGCCACAGGUUUGUCGAGUUUUCUACCAACGCCUGUCAUUGGUGUCCUACUUUGGUUGUAAGGAUAGAAUGACAGAAAUGAUCGAUGAUCACUCAUUACUAGUUACAGAGAAAAAGGAUUGCAGUCGUUUCCUCAUAAUUGAAAUAUGAGUUUUCAAUUGUCACGGCUGGUUCACCAGGAAAUCCUUUUUGAACUGUGCCGAGCAGGACACGUAACAUCUUUCAUACAUCAAUCUUCCUGGAGGGGGAGGAUGCUCUAUCUUUUAAGAUUGAUCUUUUAAGAGACUCCAGGGAUGAACUGAGCAAGAUGGAGUUACACCCCACCAGCGACACCCAGCUCAACAACCCCAAGGGCAUCUGCCACGGCAGUCGCCCCUCCCUGGAAGACAUGGUGCCUGCCGGCGGAGAGGGCAAGUGCAGCGUCGCCAAGACGGGUGAAGUGGCAGAGAGCGUGAGGUUUGACGAUGCCAUGGACGCCAGCACAAAGGCAGGACCGGAGGACGAAGUUUCGGAGUUCUUCUUGUCCAUCGAUGAAGAGGACGAGGCAGAGGAGGGGAGGCUCACGGUGGCUAAGAGACCUAAAGGGAAAAACAGACAUGAUGUCGCUUGGGGCUCCACGGAAAGUUCCAGCAAAUACUUGCAGGAAUUCCAUAGUUUGCCUAAGAGACUCAUUCCUUCAGAAAUAGCCCACUGCCUGUACGACCUGGAGGAGGAGUGCAGAGGAGUGGAGAGAGAGAGCUGCAGUGUAAAGUGGAAGAUGGAGCUGAUUCAUCGCAGUGUGCAGGCCUUGCAGGAGACCCUGAGGACCCUGCUUACCCACCUGGUUGAGGCUCAGACCAGCGACACCUCCGAUCUCAAGACGCCCGCGCCAUCCACAGCCCCGUCCUCGUCCGUGACCCCGCCCCCUGUGUCGGCUCCGCCCCCCGCCGAGGCAGACUCGGACGUUUCGGAGGACAGACAGAUGAGCGAUGCCUACUGUACCCACCAGCUCUGCCCCGGGCACCGCGGCCUGGCAAGGUGCCCGUCUGAGACCUGCCUGCCCGAGUCCUACCAGAACAAGAACUGCUGCGCGCGGUUGACCGACAGCAUCGACGAAGCCCUGCCCAGCUGUGCCCAGCGGAAGAAGGAGAGAGCAGCUGCUUUCCAUGCCAUCAAAGAGCUCAGGACCGAGGUGGAGCGCCUGCGGUUGACCCACGAGGAGGAGCAUCGGGAGCACCAGGAAAUCCUGGGAGUUGUGCAAGACUUCCAGAACACCAUGGAAGCCCUGCUGGGCCAGUGGAACGAGGAGAGGGAGGAGCUUAAGGGCCAUGGCUCCAUCUCCUCCCAGAUGGAACUGCUGCGCCAGCAGGCCACAAACGUCACUAAGCUAACCCAGCAGGCUGUGGCAGUGUUCUGUAAGGUGGGAGUCCAGCUGGAAGGACUGGGAGCUGUCGGGACGCUGGUUCGAACUGCCUCUACCCAGCUAACUACUAAGAGUGGCAGUCCGCAGCAGUGCCAGACUUGUAGUUCCAAGGUAGCGGACUCCAACGUGAAGAGAGAACCAGAAAAGUCAUCUUGUUGUGACUAAACCUCCAGCAAUAAAAACAUGCAUCUGUAUACCACAAACAUUCACCUUUGUAUUAGUUCAGAUCCAAGAACAUUGUUUUUGUGUCUAGCACACCUUGAGUGACGCACCGAUAUCCAUGGCUAUGACAUAUAACUGCAAUGGUUUCAUUAGAUACAGGUAGUAAAUUUAGUUUCCACCCAUUUUUGCACAAUAGGGAGUGGGAAGUGUUUCGUGACCGUUUAUAAAACACACCCAUGU